AUGGGCCAGUCCUGCAGCCUCUGCGACUCGGACAAGCAGGGGGAAAUCAACCUGGACGACCUGCGGGCUUCGGCGUGCGCGGAGGAGGCGCCCGUCCUGCAGCUGCGCGGGCAUGGUGGGGCGAAGGAGAAGAAGGAGAAGAAGGACAAGAAGGAGAAGAAGGACAAGAAGGGCAAGAAGGACAAGCGCGCGGCCGAGGCGCCGGCCCUGGCGCCGGAGAGCGCUGCGGAGCUCAGGCCCACCGCUGGACCUAGGCCUGCUGCUUCCGAGCUGGCCCCGCUCUGCUUGACGCCGGCCCCUGGCGCAGACCCUCUCAUCACCGACGCUGCGUGCGCCAAGGUAGAGGACUGCGCAGACGAGGUUGCGGAGGAGGGCCAGCUGGGCGCCCCGGUGCAGGCCCGGCCGCCGGGCAGCUGGCGGACCCUCCCCUCCGUCGGCACCUGGCUGAUGCCGCGGCCGCGGGCCGCGCCGACGCGCACCGCCGCGCCCGUGGCGGCCGGCGCGGGGCUGCUGGCGGCCCCCAAGGACGAAACGGACUCUGCCAGGGACCUGCUGGAUGCCUUCAAGGAGGUGCCAGACUCCGCCAGGGAUCUGCCGGUGGCGCAGGAGGGCGAGGCGUACUCCCUGGAGCUCCGCAGGUGGCUCUCCAAGGACGUGGAGGCGGAGCUCACGGAGGCCCUCGCGUGGCCCUCCGCAGAGAAGGCGCCCGCGCGCGUCGAGGCCGCGCCCGCGCUCGCCGAGCCCGCGCAGGAGCAG